AGAUGGCACAGAAAUUUGGGAUUCUAAAAGAAUCUAGAGAAUCAUAUUCACAUGAGAUGUGGGAGAUACGGGACUCAAGGGAUUCCAGGAGCUCUCGAAGCAGCGAGGAACGAAGAGACCCGCAAGAAAUUCGUGACUUGAGAGACCUCUGGGAGCGAGAAUCAGGGGAGCACAGGGAGUACAUAUCCAUGAGGGAGCACAGAAACUCCCGCUCCUCCAGGGACUCUAGGGACUCACGUGAUGGUGUUUCAGAGUCUCGGGAGCUGUAUAGAAGCAGCAGCAGAGAUCGCAGUGCGACAGAGUGGGACUACAGCCACAAAGUGAGGGACAGGGAGUACUCUCACUCUUCCUCAACAAGUUAUGAUGUACCCACUCCAGUUCCUCCACCAAAGGAGCUGAAGCCAAUGAGUGCUGCUGAGCUUCUUGAUACAUUUGGCAAAGCUUAUCAGAGUUCUUCCAACACGUUUGUUGGAACUACCAGUAGCUCUGGUGCAGCUCUGUCUGACUACAAGACUCCAAAAACUCCAACCAAUCCUAAUUCCUCAAUUCCUGAUCUCAGUAGACCACCCCCUGGUCUCUCAGGGGCAAUAACACCCAAUAAUCCACCUGCUACAGAGACACCUUCUUACACUCCCCUGCCAGCCACAACACAAGCACACUACUCUCAGACAUACACAUCACUUGGUGAAACAUCACCCAAAGCAGCAUAUGUUGCUGCAGAACCUUACACAGCUUAUGAUCAAUCUCCUAAUUGGGCCCCUCCUCCUCCCCCACCUCCACCACCUCCUGAAUUACAGCGAGGUGGUAUAGACAGAUCUGCACCAGACUAUGAUGUGGCAAGAAGUUACAGCUCAACAUGGUCAGAAUAUGAAACGUAUGGUGCCUCUGGAGAAGUGAAUGAUGAUGAGGCAGACAACCGUAACUGGGGAGAACCUCCUGGCAAUGAAGAGCUGCAAGCUCUUGCUUCAGAUACACCUUCUUCUCCACCAUCCUUUGAGAAGGGAUUUGCUGGGGCUCUGCUUCCUCCUCCUCUUCCCCCUGCAUUUUGUGCUCGUAGCAACCUUCGGGAACUGGUAUCAGAGGGGGAAGACAGUGACCAAAGAACAAAUUUAGUGAAUAUCCAGCCCAAAGGUGAAGAUAGUGACUACCGGUGUUAUGAUUAUAGCUUUCUCUCAGACCAGACAGCAGAGACAAAAACUGAGAAAGCACCUUCUAUUACCUCCUUGUUUUCAAGUGGAGAUGACUUGGACUUACGAGUUAAAAAAUCUGGGCUGAAGCAGAGUAAGGAUGACUCUGGUUCAGAUAUGGACAUAAGUGCCUCAGGCUCUGAGGAUGACAUGGAAAUUAGUGAUGAAUCUGGGAAGGAUGCUAUCAGUAAAAAAAGUGACAAAAAAGCUGAAAAGAAGAGUCAUAGCAAAGAAAAUAAUAAAAGUCAAACCCAAAAGAAGGAAAAUAAUACCAAUGAAGCAAAAUCAGAUGUAGAUAGUAAGAAAAAAAAUUCUUCCAAUUUAACCGUUAGUGCUGAAAAUACAAAAACUUUGAAUGAGAGUAAAGUAUCUCAAAAUCAGUCUGAUAGUGCUGCAUCAAAGAAAAGUGCAGAUACCACAGCAAAGGCAGAUACCACAGCAGUAUCUUCCAUUCCUGAAAAUACAAAAGCCUCAAAGAUAGAGCCAGUGAAAGGAGAAAAAAGAAAGUCUGUAGACAGUGAUAAUGGUAAUAGUGCCAAAGUGCAAAAAACAGUCACUGGAUCAGGAAAUAAUUCUAUUUGUGAAGUGAUUGACAAUAAAGAUCAGACUGAAAAAGGAAGGGAUUGGUAUAAAAACUUCAGCCAAGCUGGAGAAGAGAAGAAAACUGUAGAAGAGCCCAUACCAACUGUUGUGGCCAAGGCAGGGGGAGGGGGAAGAGGUCAUAAUAAUUCACGGGGCACUGAGGAAACUAAUGUAAUAGAUGUGAUAAAGAGCCUAGAUCGUGAGUUUCACCAACAGCGAAGCAAAGGCAAUUUCAACUCAAAUAACAAGCGUGGCAGUGGUUUCCCAAGCGAUGGAGGAAGCCCCCAACGUGGUAAUGGAGGCUUCUUCAAGGGACCUAAGCAACCUCGAGGGAGAGGACCAGGUGGACCAGGCUUUUUUCCUCCACACCGGGGGCGGGGAGGACCCCAUGGUCAUCUUCCUUUUGGACCUCCUGGAAGAGGUUUCUAUGGUGGUCAUGAACCCUUUGUUCGGGGCAGAGGAGGGAGGAGAGUUCACAGAGGUAGAGGGCGAUGGUAAGCAUUGGCAUAAAAAGGAAUUGCACUAUGCUACUGGAUGAAGAACUUGCAUUUUUCUCCAACUCUGAAUUUUAGAAAUUCUAAAUUCAGAAACUUGAAUCCUUAAAAUUUCAGAAUUUGUAUUGAAGGUACAAAAUUUUCACCAUAUUUGAAAUCCUGUGCUUGCUUCCUUGAAAUCAUUUACUUGCUAUUUGUACUUUGGUGAAAGAUUUUUUAAUAUGGUUUGUUUUCCCAGUUAUCCUUUGUAUAAAGCAUUUGUGAUCAUAAUUAGUUGUUUACUGAAAUGGUAAGUAACAAGGCUGAAUAGAACUUUAGUAUAUGUGAUGUUGAAACUAAGACAUAGGAAGAGUGAAGCAUCUUUUUCAAUUAAGUACCUUAGAUACAGGUACAGCACUGGUUUACCAACAACUGAUGGUCCAGCUCCUCAUUUAAUCAACACCAAAUUACAAGAACCUUGAAUUGCCAUGACCACUUUUUAUGAAUUAUUAUAGUGUGUCUAUUCAUAUACCAGGAUUAAUAAAUGUCAUAUGUUUCUCAUAAAUUUAUGCAUUCUUGUGAACUCUUACAAGGAUAUAUGAAAUUUGACAAUUACUGGCCUGAAACCUGUUCAUGAAUUACCAUGUGAUGCCUAGUGUGGUAAAAUAAUUAAUCUGGCAAGGCUCAGGAACUAAGAGAGCUGGUAAACCAGUGGUACACCUGUGCAUCCUUGCUGUGCUGAAAUUAUGUACAACCUGUUAUUUUUUUCUAAUUGAAUUUAUCCAGUUGUAUAUAUAUAUACUUGUAUAUAUCUCACACAAGGAUUAUGUAAUGUUCAAAAUGUUUGCAUAGCUGUGAAACAACUAUGCUGAACGUUUUCAAAAGUGAUGCCUGAUCUUAGUCUUGCCCAGCUUGAGUCGUUUCAUGUGAAGAAAGGCUUAUUGCUGUCAGUCAUGCAAGUUACUUUCAUUUCUCAUUGGCCACUAGUCUAUGAGACAUGACAGUACAUAAAUUCAUUGUUUUUUCUGGUGAUUUUUCUUUUUAAGGUGUGGUAUCCAAAUGCUGCAGCCAUUUAACAAGUCUCAAAAAUCUAAUGUUUUUUUAUUUUAUUUUAUUUUUAUUGUUAUUAUUAUUUUUUUUUUUUCUUUCUUUCUUUCUUUCUUUAUAAUUGGAUAUGCAGGCAUUGUAGUGUGUAUGCUUUAUGUAUGUAUGUAUUCUAAGUAUUUUUUUAGCCCUGGUAACAAGGGAAGGAUCUUGCAGUUGAGUUGGGCAGGAAUUUUUUUUGUUAUUCAGUAGUUUUCUUGUGGGAAUUAGGAUGCUCUUGGUGGAGUGUGUGUGUAUGCAAACUUUUCACUUCAGCUUGUUCAUAUGUACAUUGCAUCAAGAGGGGAAAUGUAAAUCCCUCAAAAUGCAAGGCUGAAUUUGAUGUCCAGGAUACUACAUUUAACCUUGAGUUUAUAAAUGAGUUUAUUAACUGGCUGUAGGGACCACCAGGAGAAACCAGAAACUGGGCCACCUUACUCAUUAGUGUUGUGUUUUGCUUGUGCUUUUUGAGGUUGGAAUAAUUUGGUACUUUUAAAAAUUUGGCAUAUGUAAGGACUGAUGUGUCUUUAUCACAUGCUGAAGGAACAGCCUAGGUAGUACUGAAGAAGUUUUAACACUAGUUUCAAGCUAGCAUGUCUUUCCUGGCAAAGUCUUCAACUUGUAUAAGUCUGCAGUGCAGGUAUAUAUGUCUUCUCAAGUAGUUUAUGUCCCAUAUCUUCUAAUAUGCACAACACAUUUGUAUACCAAAUUUGAUGGAAUUAAGGACAUACCAAAUUUAUUCAGAAUACAUAAACACCUUUUUGGCAUCAAUAAUUAGCCCAUCUAGAGGUUUAGACAGUAAGUUGAUGUAUAAGACAAAGUGUAGACUUGUGGAUUUCUUUUUUUCUCUUCUUUUUUUUUAGCCUCUGCUAAUAAAGCUGAUGGGUUA